GAAAUAUGGCUGAGCACCCAUCCCAUGAUCAGUGUGAUCUUCACAGAGGAUGUGUUGAUGCAAUAUGCUCUGCAAAGUCUGGACUCCGUCUCCCACCCGCCCGCUCGGCGUGUGGCUGUCUUUCCUAGCCUCCAUUGCCCUCGUCAGCUCCACGAGGCUGGUCAAGCACGACGUCCAUUUUCUCCCUGAUAUCGUCCUUCGAGUGACCGUUGAUACCAUCAAUCUAAACUGUCAGCAACGUCUCUCGACUCUCGUCAAUGGGACAUACCCCGGCCCGCCCAUCUACCUGGAGCCAGAGCAGACCACUUGGAUUCGCGUAUACAACGACGCCGACGUCAACACCACAAUUGUAAGUGAACCUUUCCCCCGGAAGACUCUAGCCAAGCUUGAUCCCGGUCAGCCGAAAAGAAUUGACGAUUUGACGCAGCACUGGCACGGUCUGAGCCAGAAUCUCUUCCCCUUCUCCGAUGGAUCUCCAGAGGUCUCGCAGUGGCCUAUACCGCCCGGUCAUUUCUUCGACUACGAGCUCUAUCCUCCUUCCGACCUUGCAGGCACCUUGUUCUACCAUUCUCACGUCGGCUUCCAAGCCACGACAGCGACUGGACCUCUUAUCGUGAAGGACGCCCAACCCCCACCAUAUGCCUAUGAUGACGAACUCAUGCUUUUUAUUGGUGAUUUCUACCCAGACGAAGACGAGACCAUCGAAGCCAAAUUGACCGCCGUUCCAUACAUCUGGACAGGCGACCCGCUAGCUCUCCAGAUCAACGGGCAAAGCGGAAACGCUCCCAGUCCACAGACCCCGAAUCCCUCGGACACAUCCUGCCAACCUCACGAGUUCGACGUCGAGCCCGACACCACGUAUCGCGUCCGAGUCAUCGGAGCCACGGCCAUCUCGCUCGUCACGUUUGCCGUUGAAGACUACGACAAUCUCACCAUCAUCGAGACGGACAGUUCAUACGUCUAUCCAGUCGAAACCGACCACAUCCAGGUGGACUCCGGGCAGAGAUUCAGCUUCAUCCUACACACCAAGAGUACAUCCGACCUGCAGGGCAAGACGUCCUCCUGGAUCCAAUUCGAGACUCGCGCAGGCGAAGGCGUCGUCACGGCGUGGGCAAAGCUGAACUACAACACGCCCAACAGUGAAGCCGGUCCCGUCUUGCGACGGGACCAGCCUCAUACUUCUCCCAACUCCAACCCACAAUCACAGCCACAACCACAACCGCAACCACAGUCUCCAAGUCCGUCAAGCUUAGCAUUGCUAUCACCAUCACCAUCACCAUCACCGAUACCAUUGUCAACCCAGACCGCCAACUCUAACCCUAACUCCGUGCCCUCAUCCCCCCUCAUCGCCCUCCCCACCUCGAUAUCAUCCUGGCUCGAAUACACCUUCCGCACCCUCUCGCGCUACGGCACCGCACCGCCCUCUUCCGCCGUCACCCGCAGAGUAAUAAUCUCGACAGGCCAAAUCCUCAACCAAACCACCGGACACACGCUGUUCCCCUCCAACAACGAAGUCUGGCUCGACAGCCCAAGUCCGCCACUUGGCCCGACCACAACCAUCCCAUACCUCGUCGAGAUCCUGGGCAACGGCACGAUCAACGACACCCCGCCGGACCUGGGCCGUGCGCUUGCGAACCAGGCCAACCCCGGCUUCGACCCGAUCAGCCACACGUACCCGGCAUCCAUAGGCGACGUCCUCGAAAUCGUAUGGCAGAACAGCGCUUCCCAACCGGCCGGCGUCUACGGUGUCCAUCCCAUGCACGCGCACGGCGGACCGUACUGGGACAUGGGCAGCGGUCCUGGCGUCUACAGCCCCGAGGCACACGAGGCGUUGUUGGCUCAGGCUCAGGCCCAGAACGUCGCUGGAUGGACGGGCUCGCGCCGCGACACGACCAUGCUGUACACCUACAAGGACGCUGCAUCAACGGCGACCGGCGCGGGUGACGGCGAAGGUGAGGGCGAAGACGGUGAAACUCAAGUCAACGGCUGGCGCGUGUGGCGUGUCCAAGUCACCACCGCCAACAUCGGCGUGUGGAUGAUGCAUUGCCACAUAUUGCAGCAUAUGAUCAUGGGCCAGCAGACGGUGUGGGUGUUUGGCACGCCCGAGGAAAUCGUGGCGAACGCGGCGCCGGUGGACGGGAACCUCGACAGGUAUUUCACUUACGGCGGCGAUGUGGUGGGCAAGGCCGGCAGUACAGGCAGUGAAGGAGUUUACGCUGGUGAGUAAGUUCUCGUGAAGCCCCGAGUGGCAUUGCACCAAGGUGGAGAUGGAGGGAAGGUAAGUGAGGCGGCACGCAUCACCAUCAACGAUCGAGAGCGCCACGAUGCCUCCCCAGCUAGCUGGCAGAUAGCGAAGAAAUCGAAGGGAGAGAGCAGGAUACAAUACAAAAGAGAAAUUGAGAUGACACGUGACUGGGAAGAGAAAUUAUAUACCUGAAUAUCCAUCAAUGCUGGCUGAACAAAACA